AUGCCCAGUCGCAGUGCAUCGUCAGCUGGUCGCUGUCGCUCUGUGUUGGUGCCAGUUCCUCGAAGAACUCUUCUCGAAGAGCUGAAAAUUACCGGAAACGGAAAUACGUCAACAACAAAAAUAACAAAAUGGAGCGAAUAUACCCAAAACCUGAAGAACAAACAACACAGAGAUGGAGGUUUGUUCGUUGGAUGGGCAUCGCGCUGGGUGUACUGCUCCCAACUGGUCAAUUUUGUAGUGUCUGUGUCUCUGUGUGUGUUGGGAGGCUUCUUCGUUAUUAAAAAAAAAUUAGAAAACGAGGGGAGUGAAACAAAGCACCAGUGCAAGUGUGUGAACAUAUAUAUGGCUGAACAGCGGGAGAACAGUACGCAGACAACCACCUGUUCGUUCUCGAAUACGUCGGACGGGAUGCUGACGCAGGAGACACAGCCCAUUGAGGAGAGUCCCACGAAGGGGUUUUUCGCACUGACGCCAGUCCGGAUUAGAGGGCUCGAAUCGCCUCUGCGACGGAGCAGCAUUGGUGACGACGGUGAUGGUAAUGGUAUCGGUUUUGGCAAUCGGCCCAGUGGUGGUAGUAGUAGCAGUGCUCUGCGGGGCAUGAGGGGGUCCGAGAGUCCCCUGCGGAUAGAAUCGCCGCGUGUGGCACAGUAUAGGGACAAGUUCACUAUGAUAUCGCAGGAUCUAGAGAGACUGCUUGAAAAUUUGCAUGUUGUUUACCACAAGAUUGGUUACACGUACGCGGAGAUCAAGGGCAAAGAGAAAACUAUCUUUAACAAGCUGUCAGGAUCGAUCACAGAAUUUUACUCUAGCGCAGAGGAGGAGAUGAACAACUUGAUCCUGGAGAAUGACGUCACGCAGGAUAUUCUCAAUAGAAUGCUAGAAAAGCUACAGGACCCGAGUGGACUGAGCACGAUACCGGACGUGUACGUCAGAAACGCAAUCCUGUACCCUAAGAGCAAGACGGUGCCGGAUUCGCCGAAGAAACCAUUGCCACUCAUAGAGGUCCAAAAUUCGAUGAAUACGGCCAAAAAAUUCGUGUUUAAGGAAUACCUCCCUCAAUUGUUGAACUUCAUAGACCAUAACAUUGCAUUGCAAAGAAUGAUCCAUUCUGUGGGCGAAAUACUGAUUGAUCUGACAGAGGAAGAUAAACUGCUGGCAGGAGGGCUCCCCAGUUUAAAGUCUUCAGAGGCCCUACGGAACAUAUUGGCGAGUCAACUUAACGGUAGAGAGUUUAACGUGGAAUUUUUAUUGGGUGUCUUCAAAAAACACAAAAAACUACUACUGUACGAUACAGAGUUUAGUGACAUUUCCUCAGAACGUGUAAAACAAAUGGAUAGAAUUGCAAGCAUUUACCAACAAGAAUACGGUUUCCGAUGCCAAAGGAUACGAUCUUUAGUCAAUGAGUGCGAUGCCCUGGUGAAAAAAUUGGGUAUCCCAGAGGACGAUAUAUCAGAGAAGGCAGAUUUGAGACAAUUUAUAGCGAAGAUAGAUGGUAACCCAAGGGGUGGGGCCACUGCUGAUUUAAUACCGGUGUCCAACUCAACUUUGGAGUUUUUAUCAAAUGCAUUGUCAAAAUACCAACGCUGUGAAAGUGAAAGGCAGGCUGAGAAGACCGCUCUAUUGCAUUCCUGCGAGACACUCUGGACUCUGUUGAAAGUUCCACAGGGUAAAAUUGACAGUUUCCAGCAACAGCACAGCGGACUGUCCCUGGAGACGUUGAGUAAUAUGAAGAACGAGUUGAAGAAUUUACAAGUCAUGAAGAAAUCUCUGAUCAAAAAUAUAAUAAACGAGUCCUGGGGCAAGAUCAAUGAGCUGUGGGAUACGUUGCAAGCGGACUCGCAGGAUAGGGCACCCUUUCUGCGUCAAUUUGAGACGCUGAGGAACUCUUCGAAGACACUGGAAGACGACGAGCGACUCCUGGAGGUAUGUGAGGAGGAGCUAAAGAGGCUGGAUGCAAGGCUGGCGGUGUAUACCCCGGUGUUAAAACUUAUCGAGGAGUUCAAGUCCCUGAAGGAGGACAAACUGUUUUUGGAGAACAGUUCGAAGGAUUCUUCACGGCUUCUUUCGAGAAACUCGCACAAAAUUCUUUUGAGGGAAGAGAAGACUAGGAAACGCAUAUUGCGACAUUUCCCACGGGUCAUUCGGUGUAUGAAGCUGGCGCUGGAGAGAGCCGAACAGGUGUUCCAUAUACCGUUUACGGUGGACGAUCAGGACAUUCACGAGGUCAUUGAGCAAGAGGAGGAGCAGUUCCGUAGUAACUACCCAAGAAGCGUGUUAAGUCUUGGGACUGGUACGGCGAGGCGAUCGCAGACAACAGGUACACAAAGAGUGGCCAAACCUAAGACACCACAGAUAAAGACACCACAGCUGAAUAGUGUCCGUGGUGUGAGUGGUACACUUCUGGGGCAAGAGUCCCGCGAGCACAUGCAAAGAACGCCCGUCGCGCGGGUAGUUCACCCGAAGACUCCAUCCAACAGGGUUGGCCUUCCGUCCACGGAUCGGCGGAGCAAGUCCCUCGAGACGCGGAGAAGCGUUCCGCGACAGAUGUCCGGCACGCGAUCCGUCAAGACGCAAAGAUCCCAAACGGGGUUGCUGCCACCCACGGCGAUCACUGGCCGUCAAGCCGCCGAGGAACGGAAACCUGCAUCUACGGUGGCCCCAUCUCACUUGCCCACCUCCCCUCGGCUGCGCGGCAUACGACCAACGAGGUUGUUCCCUCUGGACAUGAACACAAUGCAUAACCGGAGGAGCCAGAUCCCCGUGCUGUUCAAGUCGAAGUCAGCAAUAGACUUCGAUACGGCAGCCAAGUCUACUCGCAACUCUGAACCCACCUUGAGAGUGCACAACGGCGGGAACACAUUGUCCACCCCACGGCUGAGCAGCCCGUACAAGGAACCAGAACACUGCGUCUACCAAGUGUCGAUGUCACCAGAGGGGAAACUCCAGCUAAACGUCGAGUCCGAGUUCAGGGGCAAGAGCAAGGGCAAGGACAGCUACGACGGCGAGAACCACCACGCGGGUGCCGUUCUGGACACGCAAUUCGACGACACGAGCAUCCUGGACGACGACGAAGCGGACCCGAAGUUCGUCCAGUGGAAGACGGAACAGCUGGCCAAACUGGACCAACUGCAGCAUAUGAGGGCCGCAGACGCCCAGGUGACCCUCGAACAGCAUGGGUAG